GUCACGAACAGGUUAGAUCAAGCUCGUGUUCUCUCAGUUCUUGUUGUUUUCUUCGAGAAUUGAAGCGCGAGGUUGAGUAUGGAUUGCUGACUAAUCUCGCGUAAUUUUUUGCAGCUUUAAACCCCCGCUUGUGUAAUUGAAGAAAGAAUUUACUGUCGUGCGCGUCCACUUAUUUAGCAAAAAUGGUACUGUCCUGUCGAUUUUACAAGGAGAAAUAUCCAGAAGUGGAGGAUGUGGUGAUGGUGAAUGUGCGUAGUAUAGCCGAAAUGGGCGCGUAUGUGCAUCUAUUGGAAUAUAACAAUAUCGAGGGUAUGAUAUUGCUUUCCGAACUGUCCAGGAGACGUAUUAGGUCUAUUAAUAAACUUAUACGAGUAGGCAAAACUGAACCUGUUGUCGUUAUUCGAGUGGAUAAGGAGAAAGGUUACAUUGACUUGAGCAAGCGACGUGUGUCCGCUGAGGAUGUGGAAAAGUGCACGGAGAGAUAUGCCAAGGCGAAAGCUGUGAAUUCAAUUCUAAGACACGUAGCGGAAUUGCUACACUACGACAGCGACGAUCAGCUGGAGGAACUCUAUCAAAAGACAGCCUGGCACUUUGAAGAAAAAUACAAGAAACAAAAAGCGUCUGCUUACGACUUCUUCAAACAAUCAGUAUUGGAUCCUUCCAUUUUAGCAGAAUGUGGCCUCGACGAGCACACGAAGGAGGUGUUGUUAAACAAUAUUAAGAGGAAACUGACGUCGCAAGCGGUCAAAAUCCGAGCGGAUGUUGAAGUGGCGUGUUACGGGUACGAAGGUAUCGACGCCGUGAAGACUGCACUGAAGGCCGGUCUAGCUCUCUCUACCGACGAACUUCCUAUAAAAAUUAACCUAAUUGCUCCUCCUUUAUACGUAAUGACAACAUCCACACCGGAAAAACAGGAUGGGCUGAAAGCACUGAACGAUGCGAUCGAAGUUAUUAAAAACAAAAUAACUUCGCUAGGAGGUGUAUUCAAUGUUCAAAUGGCGCCGAAGGUUGUCACCGCAACGGACGAGGCCGAACUGGCGCGACAGAUGGAACGUGCCGAACUCGAAAACGCGGAAGUCGCUGGUGACGACGACGAGGAAGAGGUCGAGGGAAUGGAGGGCGACUUCAGCGGCGGCGAAGGUACGGAUCACAAAAGCGGAAUUGAACGGAAUAACAAGACCGUCGAGCACAACGGCAAGGACGAUUCCGAAGAAGAAAACUGAAUAUGAUCUAAUUUUUCUGCGAUUAAAAACAAAAUAAAAUGCAACAUCGACAAAUUGUCAAGUACUGGUUUUCAAUUACAUAUUAUGUAGAGAGAGAUUUUUAAGACGAACGUUCUACUGCCUCCUGAAUAUCUCAAGGUGCAAUGCUUCAGCAAAAAUCAAUUUAAAAACAAAAAGGAAGUAAAAUUUGUCUAUUAUAAUUUAUAAAGAUAAGAUUUUCUAUCGAUUUGAUGUAAAAUAAAAAUCGUCCGAAAACAGGCAUUUUUACUUCUGACACAAAGUAACCAUUGAUCUUGGUUAAAAGUCGCUCGGCAUUAAUCACUCAAUAGUAUUGUAAGUGCAUAAUAUUUUGAAGUAUAAAUAUAUGUAUGAUAUAUAUACAUAUAUCAUAUAUACUUAUAAGUAUAUAUACGUAUACUUAUAUAUACCGGCCCACUGGUUUCGCUGCCUGAGUCUAAGUGCUAAUCCGAGUAGAUCCCGAGUUCGAAUCCUCCGCUCAUCACCUGAGGAUUUUUCCAGGCCAUAAAUUUAGUCACGUGUUGCUUUUCCUUUUCUCCCUGUCACGUGACCUUACUUUGUAAGGUGUUUUUAAAGACACGUGACUGAAGUAACGUCACGUGAUAGGAAAGAGAGAAAAAACAACACGUCUUUACUUAACAAUAGACUGUACGUAACAAUAAGUGAUGAAAAACUUGUAUAACACUUAUCUUAAUUACAUACCGAAAUAAUUAAAUUUCUCAAUCACU